AUGUUCUUAUCAUUUCGAGUGAUCACACUACGAAAUACGAAUGAUCUGGUGAUCCCAAUCAGUGGUCUCAUGGGUGUUUCUGGUCUUGGAGAAGCUCUCUUUUGUGGUGGAACCCAUCUAAUCAUUGUGCCUCUUGAUCUACUCAAGUGUCGAAUGCAAGUUGACCGAAGAUCCCAUCCUUCUUUGUCGACGGUUUUUCGAUCUCCGAUAAUGGUGUUAUAUGUGCUGGGGUUCUCACCCUCUCGAUGUGAUCGUCUCUCAAAUGUCCAACAACGCUUACAUCGAUUUCCGUUCGAAGAUUCGAAAUGUUCGAUUGAUAGGAAUGUGGUCUCGAGACGCGAAUUU